ACUAGCUGCUAUUUUCGCUCCAUCUAUUUACAAUGCCUCACAUGAUGACGACCAGAAAACGCCAAGCAAGCCGUACAGACAACGAGGCGGUCGGUGCUCCCAAGCGGCCUUGCUACCGGCCGAGCUUUGGUCGCCGUCAACAGAGCCGGGACAACAACAACAACAAACAAACAAAAUCCCAGUGUCUGGUGAUGAAUUCUGGUUCUCCAGAGCCGAAGGAGACAGUAUCCCUAUAUACAGCGAAAAAUCCAGAGCCAGAACAACCAGAACAGGGUCUAGAACUGUCACCUUCUCCGACCGAUCAAAUUGCUGAUGUGGUAUCAAAAGAUGAGCCCAUCAAGGCUCCUAAUCCCAAUCUACGACCGUCCACCCAAUACUUGAUUAUACAGACCAGUCCAAAUCAGCUGUUUGUGUUUCAGCAAGUGGCCAACGUGGUGUCAGAUCGCCCUUUGGUUCCGCUAGUCCAGGAUCAAACCAAUCUUCGCUUGCAAUCGUUUGGAAUUGGAAUUGGACGACUUUUUUGGAAUACAUUGAAACACAACAUCGCAUCGUACAUCAGAGGCUUAGAGCCAAAUUGAAAUUAAUAAAGUUCUGCCAGAUAUAGUUGAAUGGAA